GAAAUAAUUUCAUACAAGAUUUCUUCUUUCAAUCAAUCUUUCAUCAAAAUCAUACUUGACACAUUGAAACAAAAUGGAAAAACCAUCAGACGAUAAAUACGCCAUUCAUCAGGCUUGUCGAGAUGGUAGAACUGCUAUCGUAGAGUCCCUUCUCAAUGCCAACCCAAAACUCGCCUUUUUGAAAGAUGACGACGAAAGAUUACCUAUUCAUUGGGCGAUUUCUUAUGGACAUUUGGACAUUGCCAUAUUGCUUUCCAAUGUGAAGAACUUUGAUCCCGACGUACAGGACGGAUCUGGAUGGACACCUCUUAUGAUCGCUGUCAGCCUUAAGGAAGGUGAUGAUAUCGUGAACUUGUUAUUGAAGAAAGAGGCUGAAGUAAAUGCCAAGAAUUUCAGCGACCAAACCGCUCUCCACUUUGCCACCUCCAAAAACAAUCUUCCAAUAGCCAAACUCUUACUAUCGCAAACUCCACCUGCAUCCUGUAGAGUUAAGGACAAGCGUGGACAGUAUGCAAUUCAUCGUGCAGCAGCUAUUGGAUCCACCCCAUUAGUUGAGUUAUUGUUGAAGAAUAAAAGCCCGUUGAAUCCUACAGAUGUCGCGGGACAAACACCACUUCAUCAUGCGGUUGCCGAAGGUCAUGGUGACACUGCAGUAGCUCUGUUGAAAGCCGGUGCGGAAACAGACAAGAAGGAUGUAGAUGGCUGCCUUGCAUUGGACCUUGCUCCUGACAGUCAGGUCAAGAAAUAUAUAGUUCAAUGGGCCGAGAUGGAGGGUAUCGAUUUAUAGCAUGCUAGUAUGGUUGGUGAAAUUAAUGAAAUCUAAUUGCAUCUCGUUCCCUUCUCACUUAUCCUCUUUUGAGAUUCCGGUUUCUAAUGCCAGAUUCAGAGCCUUCAGGCAAUACAGGGGUUGAAUUUAAUGUUGAACAUUGACGUUCUUUUGAACUAAACAUUCGUCUAGUCUAAAUCACCCCCUGUAACCUACGAUUCAUGUACCAUUUUCUCAUUUGCAAGGAGGAAGAACUUUUUCAGAACUCACUCCUUUGGGCCUACCUCUCAAAUGAAGUGGUAUCAAAUACGAGGCCGCUCCUGUUUGACUGUAGGGUGGAUUAAAAGCCCACAUAGCAGUGGCAAUCAAUGGAAUACUACUUAAUUCUUUCUUUCCA